CUCCAUGGGCCAAUCAUAACGACAAACGACAACAGACGACGUAUUUGGGUACUUUUAUUGGUUACUGUAGGUGUCAUUGCUAACACAACAGGAAGUUUACAUUUUGCUGUCAAUAGAUACAGGAUGGACAACGUACCUGCUCUUCUUUAAAAGAGCACCAUGGGGAACACAGAGAGUGUGGUGGUGCAGAAGCGGCUGGCCCGUUUCCGUCCUGAGGAGCGGCCUAUGAUUGAAGGGGUCUUUGACAGGCUGCAGGCCCCUUCAGGAGCUCCUGGGAACACACCAGCUGUGAAGACUCUAACGUUUGAGAUGCUGCAGUCUUCAAUGGGCAGCCUGGUACCACAUCCCAUGGUGAGGAGAGUCUACCAGUGCAUGUGUAGUAUCGACCCUGAACUUGCAGCACCUGAAGCAUCCAGGAAGUCCAGCAACUCUGCUGCCUCUGGAGUAGGUCGAGAGCAACUGGUCAUCUUUCUAGCAGACACUCUGCGAGGCACUGCAGAGGAACGGGCUCCCAUUGUCAUGGCCAUGUCUCAGAGUAGAGCAGGGGCAGCAAUGGUUGUCACAUGUGACCAGGUAGCAGAGUUCCUACAGGACCUGAUUUCAGCUGUAGUUCAGAUUCUGGUCUACAGAGGGCGUCUGCAGGGCUGGAAGCCAGACAGAAUGGGUGAUGGUGCCCUAGGUGUCAAAUUACUGGCAGAGCAGAUGUGUUCUGAACUCAAACCCUCAGAUCAGGGAGGUUGUGAUGUUUCCUGUUUGGAGGACUGGAUCUUCAGGGCCCCCCAAGUAUCUUUGUACCUGGAGAUGCUGGUAGCUGAGGGCCUACAUUUAUCCCUGAGUAGCCGACUGGCCUCACCCCUGCUGCCUCCCUGCAGGGAGACAUCUUGGAAAGAGCUUAGCUGUCUGCUGGACCUUCUCACCCUCAUGUUUCUGGCACCACAGCUGCCAGACGGCUACAGUGCCCCCUGGAAACUUGUGUUUUCUACACGGCUGCAUGGGGAGAGCUUCACCAGGAUGGUGACUGGUCUGACAAAACAUGGUCCCACUCUGCUGCUUAUCAAAGACACAAAGGGACAUGUUUUUGGGGGCUUUGCAUCCCACACCUGGGAAGUCAAACCUCAGUUCCAGGGUGACUCCAGAUGCUUCCUGUUCACUGUAUUCCCCAGACUGAGAGUUUAUACAGCGACAGGAUACAACCAACACUUUAUGUACCUCAACCAGAAUCAGCAGACCAUGCCCAACGGACUGGGUAUGGGUGGUCAGCACGGCUACUUCGGUCUGUGGUUGGACAGUAAUUUUGGCAGUGGUCAUAGUCGCGCAAGACCCAAGUGCACCACCUAUGGCAGCCCUCAGCUCUCUGGAGAGGAGGACUUCAGCCUGGACUCAAUGGAAGUGUGGGCAGUCGGAAAACCCCCAGAACCAGAGGAGGGAGAGGGUAAGAAGAGUAUCCUGGAUGUUGAUCCUGAGGUCCAGGCGAUGAUGGAGAUGGCUGGGAAGACUCUACACAGUCAAGGCCUCAGGGAGCCUGAGGAAGACCAGGAGCACUGAGGGGCUACAUGGCGAUAGACCAAAACACCUUCUUGACGCUCCAGGCCCACCUUGUCACAAGAUUCGAGUUUAUCAUCUGACCUAACUAGACAACAUUUACAUCAGAUCAGAGACAUGUCUCCAAUAUAAGCUGUGAUAUUAGAUUUAUUUUCAGUUGCCUUUGUUUCUGCUUGGACCCUUUAGCACACCAUCUGCUCUCUCUUCCAAUGAUACAUGACACUACAGUCAUCCUCAUGUUUCCAACCACCGGAUGUGAAAAAUGGUGUUGGCUAGAUGUGAUCACAACAUAAACAGGGCUGACAGAGCCUUAAUAACAUCAAAAAGCAACCUAUAAACGGUCGCUUUCUCACUCAACCCAAAGCCACAUUUCAUAUUCAGUGUGAAUGCGACUAAUAUAUCAUGAGUGUGUUCACACUUUUUUACACCAAGCUACACUGGCGCUCAAAGUAUUUUUUUGAUUAAAUAUUCAAGAAUUAUAACAGAAAAAUCUAUCAGAAAGAUAGAGGAACAAAUCUCUGCACCUUCAGUUGACCAGAAUUCAACACAUCCACAUCAACUCUGUUGUUAUCACUAACUGAAGUAUUACUUAGAGGAAAGGGAAUAUGAGCUCAAGGUAAAAUAAUACAGGGAAUAAACAUCUGGUAACAUCUAAGUGUAAAUGUUUUUUGCGUAACAUUAAUUUAUUACUACAGUGUCAGUUUACUGUAUUUAUGCAUUUGAACAUGUGGCUCGACAUGAUCCUUCAUAAAUGGUGUAACCGUCUGAGAAGCUAAGGAGUUCUUCAAGGAAUUUCCCAAAUACCAGAAGAUACAUAAUGAUAAUACAUUUAAUUUGGAUAGCGCCUUUCAGGGUGCCCAAGGACACUAUGGCGUGCCCUGAAGCCAAACUGAAGGGGUUCAUAGAGCUCAUGGUUGAAAACAUAUUUUAAUUUGGUGUUUUUUUGCUUUGAAAUUUGAAAAAUGCUUCAAACAACUUGAAAUUUUAACUGCUUUACAUUCAUUAUAAAUUGACUCUGGCUUGUAAGGGUAUAUAGGAUGGCAAAUAUGAAGCUUUUUUGUGUUUGCUAUCUGAAGGGUGCUAACACAAAACAUGAAUUUGGUUGUUUAAAGCACAACAUCUGAUUUAACCGGCUGAAGUGAAAUAACCUUUCUGAGUAUUUAUACAUGUAAACCACAGAUAUGAUUGCAGGAAAUGGCUGAAAAUAUACCUUGAAAAUUAUUCAAAGGUUUAAAGCUGACCAUGGAAAUGAUGUAAGAACCUUGAAUUAUGCAGUUGGGAACAUGAUUAUUAUCUCUUGCAAUAUUUUCAGUUGUCAUAGAAAACAGUUGAUGGUGUGUGUAUUUUGUACUUUGACUUGUGUUUCUCAGUUGAGUGAACAUUCGUUUGAUCAUAUCUGAUUUUAUCAAAAAAAGGCUGUAAAAUAUUGGCAUAAACAUAAAUGACAAGC